AUGUCCACGUCCACCCCAGACAUGUCUACACUGUAUUACACCACCAUGGCACCAAUAUUGUCAAGCGUGGCAUCGGUUUCUAAUGGUUCGGAGUUUGUAUCAAACGUCACUUCAUGUCAGGAAUGGGAAGAAGCCCAUCAUCUGCUCUUCCACCUCGGCAACCUGAGUAUCGCUCUUGGCCUGCUUAUUCCCACCACUCUGGGCCUGCAUAUGAUCCUACUCCGACUCAUGCUGAUGACAGGGUGUUGCCUCUUCAUUGCCUGGGCUACUUUGUACAGAUGCACUCUGGAUAUCAUGAUCUGGAACGUGGUCUUCCUCGUGGUCAACUUUAUGCACUUUUUCUACUUACUGUACAAACGCAGACCAAUUAAGAUUGACAGAGAGCUUAAAUCGGUGUAUAAACGGAUGUUUGAGCCGCUUCAUGUGCGAGAAGCUCUGUUCCAGAGGCUGACUGGUCAGUUCUGCACCAUCCAAACCUUGAAAAAAGGUCAAGUGUACGCAGCUGAGGAUAAGACCUCAGUGGACGAGCGACUCAGCAUUCUUCUCAAAGGGAAAAUGAGAGUAUCUUAUCGUGGCCACUUCCUCCACAAUAUCUACACCAAUGCCUUCAUCGACUCACCAGAGUUUAGAUCCACUCAGAUGAACAGGGGAGAGAAAUUCCAGGUCACAAUCACUGCUGAGGAGAACUGCAAGUUCCUGUGCUGGUCUAGAGAGAGACUGACGUAUUUCCUGGAGUCUGACUCUUUCCUGAAUGAAGUGUUCAGGUACCUCAUUGGAAAAGACAUCACCAACAAACUGUACUCACUCAACGACCCCACUCUCAGUGACAAGGCUGUGAAGAAGAUGGACCGUCAGCCAAGCCUUUGCUCCCAGCUCUCCAUGAUGCAGAUGAGAAACAGCAUGGCCAGUACUAGUGACACGGAUGACGUGUUAAACCAGAUUUUGCGAGGAGGUCCCGGAGGCUCUUCGCUCCAAAAAUCCCCCUUGACCAAGCCAUCCGCGACUAUGAAGCCAAUUGAAGAAGGAUUGGAAGAUGACGUUUUUGUGUCUGACUCCGCCGUAAACGAAAAGCAUGCCCCUAAGACAACCCCAGAGGAAGUGUAG